AUGGAUGGGGGUAGCAGCACCGCAACCACGCGGGAGGGAACUACCUCCACCGCCUUCGUGGUAGCCGACUGGACGAGGCAACGAGGCAAACACGACCCGAGCUGGCUCAGCCGGGCCGAAAUUGGCCCGCAAAGCCCCGCUGCUACGCUGCAGCUGGCCGGCCGGAGUGCCGCCGCAACCCACCCACCGCUGCCGUGCCUUCUCAGCCUCCAGGGAGCUCCGCCGGCGUGCCAACCGCAGGUCAACCGCCUAGCCCCUCCGAGCCCCGACCUGGGACCAGAUCUGGGCCGAGCAGGCCCUGCCAUGGCGCCGCCUACGCUGCUCCGUCGCCAACGGCCGCGCCGCCGCUCCUCCUCCCACCCGACGCGCAGGUUCCACGCCGCCACGCCGGACCGCCGCCUACCGAAGAGCACCGCCGCUAGCCCGAGGUCCCCGCGCCCCCCAACUUCGCAGCGGGUAGAGUCAACCCCGCCGCCGGCACCGCACGGGCAACGCCCGGCCGCCCACGCCGACGGUGGCGGCAAAGGAGGGCGGGGGAGGAAGCCUGAGGGAGAGCUGGGGAAGAGGCGCGGCGCGGCCGCUGCGGAGUCGCCGUUUGUGGCUGCUGAAUCCACCUGA